AUGGGGUGCUGUGGUGAUCGUGAAAAGGGUGCAGUCUCAAUGGAGGAGAAAUGGGACUAUGUGAACCUCGACGAUUUCAAAUCCGACUCCUGCUGGACUCCCUUCUCCUACUUCUUCCUCUGGGUGUUUCUGCUCGUCUCGUUUGCCGUUUAUGGUGUCGAUACCUUUACCGCCGUCAACCUACUAGCCUUCUCUCGCUGGAGUGGCCGCGUCGAACCCGCUAUUCCAUUCAGAAUCUCUCGGUGGAUUUUUGCCGUCUGUAUCCUUGUGUCUUUCGCCCUCUUGAUCUAUCGAUGGAUGCUUGCUAUCCGUGCGAUGCGCUCCGGCAGCAUCACGCGGAGUUACCUCGACCCUCUUGCGGUUCGCGUCCAGUGCUUCAGAGUGUUCACCAAGGAAGGUCGUGGGUGGAAGCGCUUCCUUGUCUUUGCCGAAUUGACCAAGAGUAAGAAAGGAGCCGAGUAUGUCGCGCUUUACUCAUACUUCUCUUUCCAAUUCUGGAUGAACACUGUCUUCGCUGAUGGGCCCCGCCAGGUCAUCAACGCCAUCACGCUGUGGUCCGUCAUGCAGGCCGACCUUAUUCCAGGUGGCAAGAAUGCGGCCAAAGACAAUGGAACCUCGGAUAUUCUGCAAUUCUUCAACAACGUGAAGAUUCUCGCAGAGGAGAAUAACCUCCAAGCUGUGGUUCUGUUCGGUAUGCUGUUUACUCUGGUAAUCUGGGUUCUGUCAGUUUUGAAACUGGCUUCAGCCGUCGUUCUUUACUUGAUCUUCUUGUUCCAUCACAUUCCUUCCACGGACGGAACUCUCAAAGCCUAUUGUCGUCGCAAGAUUAGCACCCGGUUGACGCGCAUCGUUCGGAAGAAGGUCAACAAGGCCUUGGCGAAUGGCUUCAAGCUACAGGAUCGCGCACCGACACAACCCAGUGUGGUAGGCGGAGAUACCAAACCGACCUUGCCAUCCCUGCCCAAUCUCGAGGCGGAUAAGACACCUGCUGUGUCGACCCUAUCCCGUAGUACCACGCAGACUACAUUGCCUCCUUACACGCGGUCGAACUCUACUGCAACUGAGAAAAACCCAACUCUGCCAAGCCUUGACUUUGAUAGCAAGCCACCACUCACUCGAACAGCGACUCAGUCAUCUGCCAUGUCCGAAUCUGCAUCAUUGACUGGUAAUGCGGCUGCGAUGGGAUACAGUCCACUGGAUCGCCAGAACACCCCACUGCCUCCUGUUCCACCUCUGCCGACACAUAUGGCAAACGUGCCCCCCUCAAGGACAAACACGGCUCAGUCGCGACGUACUCCUGGCCCACAGCCGUUCGCCAACGAUGUUGGCCGAAAUAGCCCGGGACCCGGAAUGCGCAACCUGACCGAUUCUGGUGCUCAACCAUACCGUCCAUUCAGCCCUGCUGUUGAUCCUUAUGCUCGAUCACACACGCCCGGUGCAGCCGUUAUCGAUGACUACUUUGACCGUUCACAUACCCCGGCUGCCCAGGCCUCUUCCUAUGAUCCUUAUGGAACACCUGCUGGUUACUAUGGUGCUCCUCCCGAGGACGAAUAUGAUGAUGACUUGGGCGCUGGAGCACAUUACAACCAGCGGGCACCCUCUCGCCCCCAGCAAGAGUACCCCUCCCAUGACGGAUACCAAGAUCGAUCCUAUACGCCAGCAAGCACAGGAGCAAUGCCCCAUCCUCCGCCUGGCCGAUCCAUGACGCCCGCUAGCACCGGCGCAACAUCACAUCCUCCACCUGGCCGGUCAAUGACACCGGCAAGCUAUCGAAGCACACCUGGUCCUCAAUCGGAUGGACAAAUGCAAGGCGCACAACGAACCUACACUCCCUUCAGUCCCGAAAGCCCGGUCGACACUCAAUCUGGGUACACGGCAUUCAACCCCAACGCUAACAGCGCCAAUGCCAACAACGUUCCAAUGCCCUCACAGACACCACAACCUCGGAUGCAAAGACCCCCGGGUCCAUCUGGGUACCAACCCUUCGUACGCGCCAACACCGCGUCUCCCUCUGCGAUGAACCGACCCGGUCCUCCUGCGGGAUACGGUUUCAACCGUGCAAACACCAAUCAAUACUGA